AUGCUUGAUGACUUGCGGGACGUGUUCGUGCUGGGAGGGAACGGUCAUGGUCAGCUCGGGCUAGGCGACCUCAAGUCAAGACUGGAGUUGACGCGCCUCGAUGUUCUUUGUCGACAGGGCGCAGUCGAUCUUGCCUGCGGACUCUCACAUACUAUAGUCGUGAUGGGGAACGGGGAAGCCAUGGCGUUUGGCAGCAAUGAGCAUGGUCAGUUGGCCUUGACAGGCAAGCAGCAGGUAACUUCUCCUCGUCCCUGCGAGGUUGAGCUCUCGGCUGUUUCCACCUGCUGUGGUCACCAUCACAGCUUCCUACUUGUCCAAGAGGAGGUGGAGGGCAAGAAGAAGCGGUUCGCCUGGGGCUUCGGAAGCAACUCACACGGUCAGCUUGGGAUAGGGAGGCACCAAGGCGGGCCAACCCCCCCUGAACGAGUUAAGAUCGAUGAGAGCAUCCAGCAGGUGGGUUCUGGUCAGUUCCACUCCAUUUUCGUUUGUGAUAGCGGGUAA